UGCUCCGGGAUCCCCUCAAAAAACGUGCGUGGGAGAUUGUCGACCCUGUGGGGGUUGCCUGCAUCUCCGCGAUACUCUCUCUCUUUGUUCAUAGAUUGCGACUAGCCUGACGCGGGAGCUCGUGGAUGUCUACGUUCGUCGAUAUUCCAGCGCGAUCGUAAUGCCGAUCCGCGAGUCGGCAGCGCACGUGUCCGACGUUUUGUCGUCGCGAGGGCGAACAUAACCCCCCCGAGACGAUGGACCGCCCCGUUUUCCUGGGACGUUCUCGUAAUCGUGCGUGAGAUACGACGCAUUCGUGACGUUUGCUAACGCCUUCAUCUGGGCCUCCCCGCUUUUAACGUAAACAUGGGACUGCUGUUCGCCAAGCUGUGGAGCCUCUUCGGCAACGAAGAGCAUAAGAUAGUCAUGGUCGGUCUGGACAAUGCAGGGAAGACGACAAUACUGUACCAGUUCCUGAUGAACGAGGUCGUCCACACAUCCCCGACCAUCGGAUCUAACGUGGAAGAAGUGGUGUGGAAGAACAUUCACUUUAUCAUGUGGGACCUGGGCGGCCAACAGAGUUUGAGAGCCGCCUGGUCCACCUACUACACAAACACCGAGUUUAUCAUUAUGGUCAUAGACAGUACCGAUCGUGAGAGGCUCGGUGUGAUCAGGGAAGAACUGUACUCGAUGUUGAACCACGAGGAGCUGAGCAAGGCCAACGUUCUGGUCUACGCCAACAAGCAGGACUUGAAGGGCAGCAUGACUGCAGCCGAGAUUUCCAGGCAGUUGGAUUUGACGUCCAUUAAGAAGCACCAGUGGCAUAUACAGAGCUGUUGCGCUCUCACGGGAGAAGGGUUGUACCAGGGGCUGGAGUGGAUCGUUGGACGUUUAAAAAAGACAUGACGUACAUUAUGAGAAUCGCGCGCGCGCGCACGCGUGUCCACGAGUCUAACGAAAUAUUCAAAAUGUAAAAUAUGUUAUCGAGAUAAGUUAUUUUAGCCACGCGCUUUGACGGUUAUACGAAAGAAAGAAAAAGAGAGAAGGAGCAGGACUGUCGAGUUUCAUUAGUCAUUAUUUAGAUCUUCCGUAUGACUCUCAAAGUGUAUCCAAUCAUGUCAUUUACCGCAGCAGAUAUUUAAUAGGUGGACGGGUAAUAAGCCUGUUCUUUAGCUACCAAUUGUGCAAACGCAAUGCAAACGCGCGGCUGUUGUUUGUACUGUUGUGGAAAUUCGAUAUCGAGCGUUGUUUACGAUCGAGAUAAAACCAGAUGGAGAUAAAUGCAAAUAGACGAGACAAAAAUACAGAUUAAAUUUAUAUUACAAAUAACGAUUAUCACUUUCCAUUUCUUGUGGCAUCUAAAAAGUGCACGUUUGGAUUGGUCAAUUAAGUAAUUACCGUAAAUUAAGAAAAUUACCAACCAUAAAUCACUGAUUCAAUAACCUCUAUUUAAAAAAACAUCAUUAAUUGUUUAUAAGCUGUACAAGCUUUAUCACGACAAGGGCGCGAAAAUCUCUUUAUCCCGUCCACCUGCAGUGAACGAGCAGAUUGAAAAUGGAUGAGGACAGUCGUUAUUUGUACUCGGUUGACAUAAAAGAGCGCAACGGAAAUGCAUCUGUGUACAUAGUUUUUUAUACUUCUUAUUAAGAAGACGAGGUCUAUAAAAAACAAGAAAAAAAAGACAAGCAAGAAUGAAAAGUUAAGCGGGAGACCGUAGAAAGCACAGACAGAUUUUACGACGUUCCCGUACCGUAAGAGAAACCGAGAGCCCGAGCAGAUUCACGGCAAGAUCGAGAGCUCCUCUCAAGGUAGAAUACGAACUGCUCUGUGAUACGUGGAUUCAAUUUUGAGACAGUUGUUUGCUGGGAUAGUACGAGGUGCGACUUACCUCACGCAAGCAGCUAAAUCGCUAGAUAAACUGAUAAAGUCGGACGGAAGAUAACCGAUAACAUCUUCAGCACGUGAAUGCAAGUAAAUGGAAAUUUUUUGGUUUUUUUAAAGGUAACUUUUAUUUCUGAUUCAUUCAUUUGCGAUUAUUCAUUUUUGUCUGCUUUACUCGUUUCCGAUGACGAAAUUCGUGAGAUCAUGUGCAUACGAUAUUAUUGUUAUGUUUCUUGCGUAUAUAUAAUUAUUAUUAAUAUACUUGCGCGAAAUAUUUUUAGUUAUUAAGCAAGACGCGAAAUUUGGCCGUUUAAUGAAGCUUAUUUUUCGAGCUCUUCCAUUCACUUGCUGUUACAAUAUACGAAGACGAUGGAAAACGGAAGAACGUUGAUUCUAAUCUACACGGAUCUUCUCAUUUCCAACUGACAACUGUCUCGUUUUUGUUUUAUUUAAAUCAUAAAUGUAAUAUCUUUAUGUAGCGUAAAAAUACUCCAUUUAGGUAUAUAUACAAUUAAUUAGCAUAACUAAGGAAAAAAAAUUAUCAACUGGCUCUCGUUUAACAGCUAAAUAAGCAAAAACAAUUGUUGUAUAAGAGUUUUUAACAUCACUGCACGCGAGAGACAGAGAGAGAGAGAGAGAGAGACAAAUGCCGUCUAAUGCCAGAGUGAGAUCGUAACAGAUUUAAAAGUUACAUAAACGUUAACGCUACUUUUCUCAUAUUGAGAAACAGAUUCUUCAAUGUUGAUGACAUAAGAGAGCUGUGUCUCGUGUACAUUGUUUGCUUCUCGAAAAAUUCUACGCGGAAUAUAAUAAUAAAAUCGUAUCUUUGCCCGUCGAAUUUAUUCUCGGAUGUGUCCGUCUUCAUUGUAACGUAAUUGUGUAAAAAUUUUUUGUGUAAUGUAAAGUACAAUACAUAGGUUGUUUUGACACGUCGGCAGAGUGAGCGGACGCAUGAAAAUAUGAUACACUGAUUUUACCAAUUUCUUUUUUAUAUACGGCCCGAUCUGCGCCGUGUCUAACGAUUGUGGAAGCCAAUCAAUUCCGAUCUAUUGAUCUUUAUCUAAUAUAUUGUAUAAUAUAAGCCAGGGGGAAUCCUGUACAACUCUAUUAAAUAAUAACAAGGAAUAAACUACACAAUGUGAAAUAAAUGAAGUCAGUUUCUAUGGAUAAGGA